AAUUUAUUUCAGAUUCCAGAAUGUCUGGAUUCUCAUUUAAACUGACUAAAACUGUAGAGAAGAAGGUUCUUCAAGACUCAAGUUUAAGAGAUGAGUCAACUAAGGAUAAUACUGAGGGACCAGACUUUAUUAAAGAUGUUCGAGACAAUAAAAUUACAGGAACUAUUAUAAAGAAAAAGGAGGAAGAUCUUGUAAUACCCCUUAUAGCCAAAAAUAAAUGGAGAGACAGAGAAAACCCUUUAUCAGAUGAGUCUAAAGAUACAAAAGUGAAAAAGAAAGAAGAGAAACCAGAGAAAGAAAUGACGAUAGAAGAACUGGCAGCUGAAGAACUUGUAGAAGAAAGCAGAAAGCAAAUAGAGGACUGGAGAGAAGGGGAUACUGGACCGGAAGUGGACCAAGUCCCUCUCCUACUGAGCAAUGCAGUACCUGAGGGAUUUGAGAACGAGGAAACUCUUGAUGUUAGUUUAAGAGCUGAGCAAUCAACCCUAGAGGAUUAUGACAAUAUUCCUGUAGAAAAGUAUGGAAUGGCGAUGUUACGUGGAAUGGGAUUUAAGGCUGACGAAGGAAUUGGAGGAUUCAAAAAACAGGUUGUGAAGACGAUGGAACCUGUUGUACGACCGAAAGGUUUAGGUCUUGGGGCAACUAAACCUAAACAAGAAAAGCAAGUUGUGAAGGAGGGUGAGGAGAAGCUGGUAAUGAAAAGAGGAGCUUUUAUAGUGAUCAUGUCAGGGAACAAGGAGGGUCUGUAUGGGGAGGUCGAGGGGUUGGAUGAGGAGAACGCAAGAAUAGUAUUGAAGUUGGCGCUAGGGAAUGAAAAAGUGAGCGUAUCUGAGAAUAUAGUCAAACUAGUAGAUAAAAAAGAAUUCAAGGAGUGGGGGAAGAUAGUGAACAAAGAUAAGUUUAAAAAGUACAAAGCUGAACAGGACGAUGCCAUGGAGAAGGAGCGAAGUUUAACUCCUGAUGCAAUGGUGGUAGGAUCAAGACACCGCUCUAGGUCAAGGUCAAGGGAGAAGAAACGAAAGAGAUCAAGGAGUCCAGGGGUCAAAAGAAUUAAGUCAGAGAAGAGGCCUUGGGUGCGUCAAGAUCUACAAGUUCGUUGUAUAGACAAAAAAUAUAAGGAAGGGAGAUAUUACAAUGAAAAGAUGGUUGUCAUUGACGUUGUGACAAAUAAUAGCUGUGAUUGUCGAACCGAGGAAGGCAAAAUCCUACAGGGUGUUCAAACAGAUAAACUUGAAACUGUUAUUCCUAGAGAUAUAGGUGGUAAAGUUCAGAUUGUAAGAGGAGAUUUUAAAGGAGAAAUAGCAGAAAUAAUGAAAAAGGAUAAAGUUAGGUGUACUGCUAUUAUCCGUCUACUGGUUUCGGAAAAGAUUAUCACCAAGUCUUACGAAGAUAUUUGUCUCUUUACCGGAGAUAUACGAGAAUUCGACUAAAAUUAGAUAUGUGUUAUUGUUGAUUUUCAACCAAUAUUGAAGAUUUGUCUUUUUAUCCAUAAUAUUCGUAAAGUCAAACAAACCAAGUUGCUAAAAUUAUAACUUAUCUUAUGUCUUACGUCGAGAUAUUGUAACGUUUUAGAUUAAUAGUUAUCUGUAUGUUUUGCCGGUCUUAACCUCAACUUGGACCAUUUUGUAAAAGUUUCCUAGAUUCAUAAAACCAAAAAAACUUCCGGAUGAAUCUGCCCGUCCCUAUAUCAACAACUCCACACAAAAAUCCGCCAAUACUGACUCGAUUAUCUACCAGACCUUUCCGUUCUACUGUUCCUAGAAUAUUCUGAAGAGAAUUAAACCCUCUUCUUAGUCUCCUUCAAGUGUACCUGAUAUUUUCUUUUUCAGAA